AUGAGUUCCCAAAAUAGCUUCGUCAAUGCUUCCCUGAGCUCCAACACUGUCAGCGCCGGCACCACCUCCGCCUCCGCGGUCCGAUCGCGCCCUCGCCGACUCGUCUCCUUUAUCGACGAUGAAGAUGAUUCCAGCACCAAGAACAGCAAUUAUUCCUACCAGGAUGCCCAGCCCUUUGCAUCGGGUCUUUCUACAACCCUCUCCGCCGAUGUUGGAACUACACGAUCUCGUGGUGCUACCCCCUCGCCGCUAUCGUCCCGUGGAACCUCGCCGCUGCCCAUGAAACACCCCUCCCGCGUCACGCAACCGAGCAAUCGCAGUCGGAACGAAGCAUAUUCCUUUGCUUGGAAUGGGUCAUCAAAAGCUUCGUCUUCUUCCCGAGGAGCGGCAGACUUUCUAGACUCGUCGUGGUCCUCUCUCCAGAGCCUGGCGUCGUCGGUGCUCGGCAGCGACACUGGGUCAAACACAACAAAUAAUGCGGCAAAGGGACAUUCGCGGAGGAAACCAUCGAAAUCAGACGUAUAUAUUCGAAGUAUUCCGCGGUCUACUCCGACAGCAUGGGGUCCAUCAGCACCGAGUACUACAGAAAUUGGAAGUGGAACCAAGGAGGAGCGUCAAGCAUUGGUUCAGGCGAAGAAACGAGAAGCACUUCUACUUGCAGACUCCGAUCCCAUAAUGAGCGGCGCCUUUCGGCACAAGCGACGCGACUCGGGCGAUUAUUUUGACCAGCCACUUGAUGCAGAGCAAGACGAGGAUGCACUCGCAUACAUUCACCCUGUCCAGGCAACAGACAGCAUUACGGGAGUGACGAUUAAAUACGGAUGCCAACCAACGAUUUUCCGAAAAGCGAACGGCUUCUGGCCCAAUGACAAUAUCCAAAGCAGGAAGACAGUGCUACUGCCAGUUGAUGCAUGCAGCGUCAAGGGUAGACCAGUACCACCUGCAGAAGUAGAUCUUCUGACGAUUGAUUCUGAAGAUGCAAGUGGUAGCUCUAUCACACCGGCUGUCGCCUCCACGAAUAGCUCGAUGUCGAGUCAGAAGGUUCCUGGAACUGCCGACACCGACAGCAAUCAGAUUUGGAAACAUGAGUCCUGGGUAAAUAUUGACGGAUUUCCGUCCGCGGUACAGAUUGGCCGAGUCCCACGAAGGGCAUUAGGCUUUUCCCACGCACGCGUCGAAAAUCUGCGUGCUAUACCGAUGCAGAACCUUUCCAUGAUGACUCUUCCCGAGAGCCAACCCGGACUUCAUCCCCCGCCGGUUCGCCGCAGAUAA